AUGUCUGCGAUCCAGAAAAACGUCGAGGCAGCCUCCGAGGCCUACUCCUCCACCUUCACGCAGGGCCACCUCGCCCUCCCCCCGGCCAAGCGAUACCUCGUCUUGACCUGCAUGGACGCCCGUAUCGACCCGGCGCGCGCAUUUGGGAUCGAGCUCGGCGACGCGCAUGUUAUUCGGAAUGCUGGAGCCUCCGCCCCCGACGCCAUCCGGAGCAUCAUCAUCUCAGAGCAGCUCCUGGGCACGCAGGAGAUUGUCCUCGUCAAGCACACGGGUUGUGGCAUGAUGAUAUUUACCAAUGACGAUGCCUAUGGCUUGGUCGAGAAGAACCUGGGGUCCGACGCCCUCGCCGAGCUGAAUGCCCGCAAACUCGACUUCCUCACCUUCUCGGACCUGGAGGCCCAGGUGAAAAAGGACGUGCAGUAUCUCAAAGACAGCAAGCUAGUGCCGGACAACAUCGUUAUCAGCGGGUGGAUUUAUCAGGUCGAGACGGGCAAGACUGUUCGGGUUAUUUGA